CCGGCGGAGGCUGGCGGCGGGGCCGGCGCCUUGGCUGACGGCCUGCUCCGCCACGGGGCUUCCGAGGCCCGCUCGACGGGGACUCCUGCGGCGGGCGGGGGGCCUCCGGGGCGGUUGUGUAACCGGUCUCAUCCAGUUCCCCGUGAGGCCUGGAGCCUUCCCUUACCGUGCGGUGUCAUCUGGAGCUCUCGGAGGGAGGCUCCCGCCCCGCCGCCCUGUCACCCAAGUGGCACGAGUUGAUAAAUCACCUGUCAUUUAGGGCGACGCCAGUCACCAGUAAAUAGCAGUUUUCUAAGGGUUCUGGCGCCACUGUUAACCAAGAGGAUCUCUUUGUGCUGUCUUUGAUUUUGCCGUGUAUUGGAGAAACCGCAGCAUUUGGUUGAAAGAGAACACUGUGUGACGUGAUCCUCACUGUCCAGGAAAGAAAGAUCCCCGCUCACCGCGUUGUCCUGGCUGCAGCCAGUCACUUCUUUAACUUAAUGUUCACAACUAACAUGCUUGAAUCUAAGUCCUUUGAAGUAGAACUCAAAGAUGCUGAACCUGAUAUUAUUGAACAACUGGUGGAAUUUGCUUAUACUGCUAGAAUUUCUGUGAAUAGCAACAAUGUUCAGUCUUUGUUAGAUGCAGCAAAUCAGUACCAGAUUGAACCUGUGAAGAAAAUGUGUGUUGAUUUUUUGAAAGAACAAGUUGAUGCUUCAAAUUGUCUUGGUAUAAGUGUGCUUGCAGAGUGUCUGGACUGUCCUGAACUGAAAGCUACAGCUGAUGACUUCAUUCAUCAGCAUUUCACUGAGGUUUACAAAACAGAUGAAUUCCUGCAGCUUGAUGUCAAGCGAGUGACACAUCUUCUCAGCCAGGACACCCUGACUGUGAGAGCAGAGGACCAGGUUUAUGACGCUGCCGUGAGGUGGUUGAAAUAUGAUGAGCCUAACCGCCAGCCAUUCAUGGUUGAUAUCCUUGCUAAAGUCAGGUUUCCUCUUAUAUCGAAGAAUUUCCUAAGUAAAACAGUACAAGCUGAACCACUUAUUCAAGAUAAUCCUGAAUGCCUUAAAAUGGUGAUAAGUGGAAUGAGGUACCAUCUGCUGUCUCCUGAGGAUCGAGAAGAACUUGCAGGUGGCACACGGCCUAGAAGAAAGAAACAUGAUUACCGCAUAGCUCUGUUUGGAGGCUCCCAACCACAGUCCUGUAGAUAUUUUAACCCAAAGGAUUACAGUUGGACAGACAUUCGCUGCCCCUUUGAAAAACGAAGAGAUGCAGCAUGUGUGUUUUGGGACAAUGUAGUAUACAUUUUGGGAGGUUCUCAGCUUUUCCCCAUAAAGCGAAUGGAUUGCUACAAUGUUGUAAAGGAUAGCUGGUAUUCCAAACUGGGCCCUCCAACACCUCGAGACAGCCUUGCUGCCUGUGCAGCAGAAGGCAAAAUUUAUACAUCUGGAGGUUCAGAAGUAGGAAACUCGGCCCUGUAUUUGUUUGAAUGCUAUGAUACAAGGACCGAGAGUUGGCACACGAAGCCCAGCAUGCUGACUCAGCGCUGCAGCCAUGGGAUGGUGGAGGCCAAUGGCCUCAUCUAUGUUUGUGGUGGAAGCUUAGGAAACAAUGUUUCUGGGAGAGUGCUUAGUUCCUGUGAAGUGUAUGAUCCUGCCACAGAAACAUGGACUGAGCUGUGUUCAAUGAUUGAGCCCAGGAAGAAUCAUGGGCUGGUGUUUGUGAAGGACAAGAUAUUUGCUGUCGGUGGUCAGAAUGGUUUAGGUGGUCUGGACAAUGUGGAAUAUUACGAUAUCAAGUUAAAUGAAUGGAAGAUGGUGUCACCGAUGCCAUGGAGGGGUGUCACGGUGAAGUGUGCAGCAGUUGGCUCUGUCAUCUAUGUCCUGGCAGGUUUUCAGGGUGUAGGCAGAUUGGGGCAUAUCCUUGAGUAUAAUACUGAAACAGAUAAGUGGAUCGCCAACUCAAAAGUCCGGGCUUUCCCAGUCACAAGUUGUCUAAUUUGUGUUGUUGAUACUUGUGGAGCAAAUGAAGAGACCCUUGAAACAUGAAUGGUGAAUGGACUUCCACUCAUCUGAAACUUAGAGAUAUGGCCACCAGUGGUUUAUUCCAAGAGUUCGGUUAUGAAGUUCUGAUCUGGUAUUUUGAUAAAGUAAGAUUCCAAUAAGAUAACAGUUUAUAUUAUCUGGAUCUCCUUACUUAAUUCAAAGAUCAUAUUUUAUUUGGCCAUCCAAGAACCUAUCAGCCAGAAAACGUGAAAAGUUACAAGCACUUCUUGAAAACGUGAAUUGCAAAUAUAUAACUGAUUGUGGCAGAGUGGGGCAUGCUCAUCAGAGAAAGAGCCCCAGCUUAGCUCUAGAUUCUAUUUUCCUAAUUGUGUAAGUGCUGUGUAGUUAGGGCUUUUUGUUUCUGUUUGGUCAAGAACUAAGUAAUCGUAUGAAUUAUAGUCGGAGAUGGUAAACUCUGAUAGAGUAACUGUAAUAGUGUUAUGUAUUUUGCUUGUCUUCAUUAUUUCAUUUAGUGCCAAAUUAUUCCAUUUUAAAGUAAGCAAAAAUGGCUUAAACAUACACACUUUCUCACAAAACUUCUCAGAUUUUUGGGACUUAACUGUACCCAGUUACUCAUGAAAUAAUAUAUUCAGUCCAAUUAAAUGAAAUAUUAUACAUUUUUGUAUAAAAUAUUAAGCUUAGCACCCAUCAUUAAUUCAUAUGGUUUUACUCAGCAGUGUAAAAAGCACUCUAUGUCCUCAUUCUCUAUGCGAGAGCCAAUCAGUAGGAACGAUUGACCAACAGAAGAAAAGCUGUUGGAAGAAAUUUCUAGAUUACUAGAAAAGCACUGAUAAUUGUAGCCCAGUAGCAUAUGGAUUUUAAAAAAUACAGUUUUCUUUUCUCCUAGCAGAACAUGUUAGAGGUAACUGAGUUUUCUCUAAAAGUUUUGUAAUAAUUGGCAUUAAGUAUAUCAUUAUUCAUUGCUUUUAUGUGGACAACAAAUUACCAAACGGCCUAUUAAUUUUUCUCAGUAAUGUUUUGCCCUUUGACUAUGUAUGAAAUGUGCCAUGUUAAACUGUCAAUCAAUGUUUUUAUCUGAUAUUAAAUAUUUUUAACUUAAAUAGAUUUGCUUUGUUUAUUCAUUCUACGUGUGUUCAUUAAUAUUUCUUAAAUUUGUGAAAGUUUCCAUUUAAAAUUUUUCUCUGAAUGGAAGUUAGAACAGACUCUAAAAUGUUUAAAUUAAAAGUGAAGUUGAAAAGUGACAGGAUUUAUCUGUCAAGUUCUUAUGUAUAGACAGCUUUAUUGAGAUGUAAUUCAUAAGCAUACAGUUCACCCAUUUAAACUGUACUAAUGUAGUGGCUUUUAGUAUGUCUAUAUGCGGGGCUGGUGAGAUGGCUCAGUAGUUAUGAGCACUGACUGCUCUUCCAAAGGUCCUGAGUUCAAUUCCCAGCAACCACAUGGUGGCUCAUAACCAUCCGUAACAAGACCUGACGCCCUCUUCUGGAGUGUCUGAAGACAACUACAGUGUACUUACAUAUAAUAAAUAAAUCUUUUUUAAAAAGUAUGUUUAUAUGCACUGUGUACAGUCAUCAUUGUAUUUUUCAAGUGUUUUCAUAACUCCUCCGAAAGAAGCCCUGUACUUACUGUAGUCACUCCUAUUCCCAUGUGCUAGCUUGCUACACUGCUACAAACUACUGCUUGCUUAAUGGAUUAAACCAACCAAUAUAUUUUCACUGUUUAGGAGGCCAGAUGUCUCAAAUCUGGCUUUUGGAGGAUUGGGCAAAACCGCCACACACCCCAUUCCCACCCCUGCUGCUGGUUGCCAGUAGUCCUUGACAUUUACUUCUUAGUUUAUACCUAGAGCUGCACUGCAGUCUUACACCUUCAUCUUCUCAUGGUCAUUUCUUUCUCUUGUGUAACUAUUUUCACUUAGUUCUUUUGUAAAUAGCAUUUAUUUGAACCAUUCUUUUUUUUAACUUACAUAUGAAUGAAUAUAUACCAUCUGUAUGCCUGGUGCCCACAGAAGUCAGAAAAUGGGGUCAGAUCUCCCGAAUCUGGUUGUGAACCACCACGUGGGUUCUAGAAACUGAACCCAGGUACUUAGAAGAACAGCUAGUGCCCUUAACCUUGGAGCCAUCCCCCGCUGGCCUGGAGUUAAGAUACCCACCCUCUGCUUUCUAAAUGCUGUGACUAAAAGUAUGCACCACCACAUCAGAAGGAUUCUAGUACUUUGUCUUAAACCACUUACAUCUGCAAAGAUCCUGUUUUCAAGUAGAAAUGCAUUCUGGAGUUCUGGAUAGAUAGGAAUUUUGUGAGGAACACUAUUUAACCCAGUACACUCUUACAAACUCCAGCCUUAGACAACCUCCACCUCUAGACUGUAAAAUGAUCUUUUAUUCACUUGAUGUAAUUGUCAUCUCAGGCUCACUGCCUCUGUCUGCUAACCUAGGUGAGGUCCUGGAAGCUUCCAGCCUCCAUACAAUCUUAUCUAGGCCUAGAAUGUUUUCAUCUUUUGAGACUUACUGCUGAACAAGCUCACCCUUUCUAGCUCUUUCUAUACUCUGGCUGGUUCAACUUAGCUGUUCUGGCUCAAACUGAUUCAAUCUGGCUUCUCAGUCUCUGACUGUUGUAAAUAUUUUUAUGUAAGAUGUUGAAAUUUGCACUAUUUUAAAAUGUGGCUAUUUGAGCUGGGCAGUGGUGGCACACGCCUUUAAUCCCAGCACUUGGGAGGCAGAGGCAGGCGGAUUUCUGAGUUCGAGGCCAGCCUGGUCUACAGAGUGAGUUCCAGGACAGCUUAGGGCUACACAGAGAAACCCUGUCUCGAAAAAACGAAAAAAAAAAAUGUGGCUAUUUGAAGCUGGAGAGGUGGCACUGUAUCUUGCAGAAGGACCUGGGUGUGGUCCUUUGCAUCCACUCGGAGGCUCACGAUCAUCUACAACUCUAGUUUAGGGGGAUUCAGUGCCCUCUUUCUAGCUACCUCAAGUACCAGGCACACAAUGAAGCACAUGCAUACAUGCAGGAAAACAUGAGAAAAAUUGUUAACAUAGCUAAAUUUUCUGAUGACAAAAUACUCAUUUAUUACACUGUAAUCACACUGAUAGAGCAGUUACCCCUGUAGAAUAGGCAGCACUGUUAAAAUAUUUUGACUAUAUUAGCUGUUCUUUUUAGGCUGCUGAUUAACUAGAACACAUAACAUUUUAUAAAGCUUUCUAUAAAGUUCCUUUACUCCUAAUAACCUGUAUCAUGUUCCUAAUAAGAACACGUCUUCCCCCAAACCAGAACUAUCAUUCACAAUUCUAAAGGAUAAUGGGUAAAAGUAAACUAUUCAAAGUAUAUUACUUCAUAUACAAAUUGCUUUGUAUUCAAAUUUCUUUGUAUAUAAAGUACAUUUCAUUACUUUUUCAAAAAGUUCCUUUCCUAUAAUGUACUCUGCUUUCAUUUCAGUAGAUACUGGGUUUGUCAGUGUUCUGUCCUUUGAAGUGCUUUAUUUUGAUGAUACAUGGGUUUUACUUUUGAGAAUCACAAUUUGAGUAUGAAUGUUUAGUAGACAAAACUUGUUCCAUAUUAUAACAGUAACUGUGGCUCUGUGGUCUAGUUUUUAAAACUUGUCAUUAUAGUGUCAUGAAAAUGUUUGAGUCAUGAGGCAUUUUAAUACACCAAUAUCAAAAUGUGCCAUUUAAUAAAGUUAUUCAACUAAA